UUACGUUAGGUAUUAUUAAUAUAAUUGGCAAGUAAUUUACACAGAUCAUUUAGCCAAAAUCAGUCCCACAAACAAAGUGUAUUCAUUUCUAAAAGAAGUGUUGAAGAAAGUCUAAUCGAGAACGGGAUGGCGCAGACUAAGAAAGAAAAUGAUUAUAAGUAUAGUGAAGUUUUAAAUGAAAAGCCUGAAGAGUUUGAACUUUCAGCUGGAACCAAGAAAAAUUAUUAUUUUCAAGAAUGGGUUGUUUCUUUAAUUGCUUCAAUGUUAUUUCUGAUAACUGGCAUUCAUUACAUGUGGGUAUCGCCAAUUUUACCAGAUUUGUUAAAUGGAUCAGAAAAAAUUCAUAUCACCACGGAAGAAUCAGUAACAAUAAUCGGUAUCUUCAAUGUUGGAAUUAUUCCUGGAACUAUUGGUGGAUCAAUGUUAGCUGAUCGCUAUGGACGACGUCUAACAUUAAUCUGGACUGGAGUAUUAUUUGUAAUAUCUGGAAUUAUUUUAAUAUUUUCAUACACAGCAUUCACCUUAUGUGUGGCUCGAUUUUUAGCCGGUAUCAGUGUAGGUAUUGGAUACACUGUUGUAUUAGUGUACUGUAGCGAAAUUGCAUCGCCAGAAAUUCGUGGAAUUCUAUUAAUUGUUAUGACAACUUUCGUAAAUAUAGGGAUUGUCGUUAUAUAUUUUAUCGGAACAUUUUUAAGUUUCCAAAUGAAUACAAUCGUUUGUGGUAUUUUUCCAGUGGUAACGUUUCUACUGUUAUUUUACAUUCCGGAAUCGCCGUAUUACUUAAUUUAUAAAAAUGAUUACGUUAAUGCAGAAAAAUCGUUAAAAUUUUUACGCGGUCGAUCAAAUGUGACCAGCGAAUUAAAACAAAUGAAAGAAGGCGAUACAAAUCAGGACAAUGCUCAACAAAAUAGUUUUUUGGCCCUGUUCACGGUAAAAACCAAUCGCUGGGCUUUGUUUAUGGCUGGUGGAUUAAUUUGUUGUACAGAAUUAACUGCAACUAAUGCAAUUUCACAGUAUUGUAAUGUAAUUUUUGAAAAAGCAAAUUCCAGUGUUAUGUCUGCAGAUGCCGGAGGUAUAUUCCAAUCAAUUAUCAAUUUGGUGGUUGUCUUUUUAUGCGGAAGCUUAGUUGAGAAAGUUGGCCGAAGAAUCUUACUUCUGGCUUCAUGUCUCUCAUCAGUUUUUCCAUUAUUGGCAAUUGGUAUAUUUUUCUCUUUUCAAGAACAUGGGUAUCCAAAUAUUGAUCAAUUCUCCUUGGUACCAUUUAUUGGUUUAACAUCCCUAAAAAUAACCGUCGGUUUGGGUAUUUAUUGCAUACCGUUCAUAUAUAUCGGAGAAUUAUUUCCAACCAAUGUAAAAGCAAAUGCAUCUGCGAUUUGUGUAAUUUUAUCAACUGUUUUCAAUACGAUUACAAUAAAAAUGUUCCAAGUAUUAACGGAUAAUUUAACGUAUGAUAUUGCGUUCUAUGUAUUUUCUGUUCUAUGUCUAGCUGCUGCAUUAUUUAUAUAUGUUUUUGUACCCGAAACCCGUGGAAAAUCAUUUGAAGAAAUUCAGAAUGAUUUGAGAAGGAUUGCUAAAUAGAUUUUCUUAUUUAAGUCAGGGUUGCGUCGUUAUAAACCUACUAGAAUUGGAUAACAAAAAAAAUGGAUUCUUAAAAUACGUGAAUUAAUUUUCAAUAUUGUUUUUCUAAAAUCCAUUGCUCCAAAAUCGCAUUAAUGUUACUGCAAUAUUUGCUUAAAAUAGCUCAAAAUUACAGACAAAAUCAUAGCCCGAGUGCGAAUAGCAAAAGAUUGAUAUAAUUUAUGUUGACACAACAGCAAAAAUAUAAAUUUUU